CCUGACCACAGGGGAAGCUCUUCUGCAAUAUCAGGAAAGAAGAAGCCGGUUGUAAAAGGAAGUGCUGCUCAUCCUGGGGCAGGCAUGUUGGGGGCGGGCUCCCACCCUGCAGUCCUCGGAGGAGCCUGGUGCUGCCCCUCCCGUGGUCAGACCAGCCUGAGGCAGCCCCCCACACAGCCUCCCCUCCACUGAGGCUCUGCUGCUUUUCUCACCCGCCGCCCGCCCGCCCGAGGACAGCAAGGCGAUGGGUCUGCCCCUGCUGCUGCCCCUGCUGCUGGCAGCAUCGCUGCAGGCUGGUGGCUCAGCAGAGUGCAUUUUAAACCCUGAUCAUGGAGUCUACCAACCAGAGCGCCUCUCAGCCCCUGAGGGUGGCUCCAUCAACAUCCCCUUCUCCUUCUGUCACUCCUGGGAGUUGGCCACGGAUCCCAACGUGCGUAUAUACUGGAGAUGGAAACACUUCCAUGGAAAGUUCAUCUACAACACAACCCCGCCGUUCACCCAUAAGGAUUUUAAAAGCCGCCUCUCCCUGAACUGGACAAAGGGCCAGACAAAUGGCUCCCUCCGGAUCUCUAACCUGCGGAGAGAGGAUGAAAGUGAGUACUUCUGCCGAGUCCGGUUGACCACACGGAAGGACGGUGUGAAGAUGUGGCAGUCCAUCAAUGGGACCAAACUCACCAUCACCGGAGCCACCGAGAAACCCACCACGGACCCCACCACCAGCACCACCACCAGCACCAGCACCACCACAGAUGGCCUCAGUGUCUCGGGGAACAAAGAGAGAUCAGGGUCUAGGCCCCUGACUCUAGGAGCGAUAGUUGGGGUGGCACUGGCGGGUGCCGUGCUCAUAAUCGCAAUUUUGGGAUUGAUAAUCUACCUCAGGUGGAGGAGAAGCAAAGGUCUGCAGACUAAAUGUGAGAAGGAUGAUGUUCAAGGUGGAAAGAAAGCAAGAGCCCCAGACAGGGGGUCCUUCCAUAACACUGAGGAGAAGAACGAGAACAUGGGGCAUAAAGGACUACAUAGAAACUCCAAGCCGGACCCAAAGGUUGAUGGCAUCCUCUAUGCCUCCCUUACCCUCUCCAAUUUGACCUCACCCUCACCGUCAGCACCUCCUAGCCACCUUCUCCAUGAGAGCCCCCAGGAAGAGACCCUAUACUCUAUCUUAAAGACCUAAGGAGUGUGACUGAAUGAUGACCUCAUUAAGUAAGCUGCACAGAGGGAUCACCACUUCCCAUGAUAAUCCCAGCCAGACACAGAUGACUCAGAAGCCAGCUGGGGUCGAAGGCCACCAAGGACCUAAGAAAAAUAGCCAUCUGCUCCAGUUCCCUCUUCGCCUCGUUCCCUUGCUGACAAAAAUAAAAGUACCUGCAGGAUUAGCCUGCAUGCGUCUAAGAAAAAAAUUGAUUUCAGCUUCUGUCCUUCUUGCCAAAAAU